AUGAGUGACAAAAAUAAUACUCCAUGUUUGAACAUUGAAGAAGGUGCUACUUCGGGAUCAGUCAUGAAUAGCAUUGCUAAGAGAAAGGAAAAUAAGCAAAAGCCUAAAGCUGGACAAAAAGAGGUUGAAUUUGAAGAUGGCCCGAUUGAAUAUUUGGAGCAAGAGGAGGUUGACAAAAGUAAGGCAACCCAAAAAGUCAUGGCGGAGGCUCAAGAGGUGGAUGCUCCAAAAGUGCCGAAAGCAAGAUCAGGAAAGAAGCAAAAGGUCAAGGCAACGGGAGAGAGUUCAACUGCAGUGAAGAAGAAAAACAAACCUUCAGACAAAAAGGAAAAACCUCAUGGUUGUACUACUUUGAUGAUGAGGGCUUCUAAUGAUCCUAGUGUUCUAUUGGAGGCACGAAAAAGGAAGAAGAAGUGA